AUGAGGAUUUGUCAGUUACAGGGUCUUAGCUUUCUAAGUGCAGCUUUUGCACUUUCCAGACCUAGCUUUACCUUCGUUGGCAACUUCGGCCCUGUUUUGCCCACAAUAAUCAAAGUUGGCAGGGGUCAGGACGACGUUCAGUACCUGCACCAAAAAGACAUGGCUCCUCUUCUUAGUCCCACAAAGGGGACUUACUGGACUUCGCCUGCUGCGCUUAUUCGUGGUUUGGCUGUGGUUGGAAUAGUGCCGAUGGCCUCCUCUCGUAUGUUGGGAAGUCAUAUAUGGUCGCGGAAAGAUGCAGUUUGGUGGGUUACGAUUUGA